CCUGGUGUAUUAUCAGUACAUUAAAUAGACUGUCAUCACACAUCUUUGGCUCGAAAUGGCCAGCUAACAUCGUAUAUUGUUUUGCAAUGUUUCAGCGCCGACUCCCUGCAGAGAAAGUUUCCAUUGCAUUCUGGCAGGCAAGCUGUGCCCCACAGCCCUGAGCCCUCUGCCAUCUGUUCCUGCAAAACUGACAUCGCCAGAGAUGCAAAAACAUAACAUUUAUUUAGCCAGUCAGCUUGUGGCUGUUUGGAACUGAAGGAAGUGAGUUACAAAUGCUGAAUGGAAAAAAAAAAAAACAGGCACAGUGUUGGAUCUGAAUCUUUCCUUUUUUGCAGAACCUGCACCUGUUUGUGGAGUGGCUUUUGCACCUGAGAGGAGGACUGGAAGUUCUCCAGAAAGGGAGGAGAACAUGAGAACAGCAGGACGGCCAGAGACCGCAAUGUCAAAGAGAUGGUGAGAGUUUCAGGAAGAGGACUGAAUGCAUUUUUUCCUAGUCACUGGUCAGAAAAUGAACAUGUCAGCAAGGGUAGCGUUUGGAAAGGGGCACCUCACUCCCAAGCAGCUCUUCUUGGUUUUCCCUCAGACAGAUUCCCUGAGGAAGGGCGGCCGGUCUGCAGGAGGGAAGAGGAGGAUGUUCUCGUUUUCUCUCAGAUGUCGACUGGGCAUCAUCAGAGGGAGAACCAAAGAUGAAGGACCAUACUCAAAGGGGAGCAAGGAGUCUGGGUCAGCUGACCAAUCACAUUCAUCCUGCAGGCGCAGCUUCUCAGCAGACGAGUACCGAGGAGUGACCACGGUGGACCUGAUGAAAAGGGAAGGCAGCAGCCUUGGCCUCACCAUCUCCGGAGGCUCUGAUAAGGACGGCAAGCCCAGAGUGUCAAACCUACGGCCAGGUGGGCUAGCUGCCAGGAGUGACCAGCUGAAUGUAGGAGACUACAUAAAGUCAGUGAAUGGCAUCAACCUGUCAAAGCUCCGCCACGAUGAGAUCAUCAGCCUGCUGAAGAACAUCGGGGAGCGAGUCGUGCUGGAAGUGGAGUACGAGCUGCCUCCUUUCGUCCAGAACCCCUCAGGAGUCUUAACCAAAACCAUAGAGGUGUGUUUACACAAAGAGGGAAACAGCUUUGGGUUUGUCAUGAGAGGAGGCUUCCAUGAGGACUGGCGCAGAUCUCGUCCUCUGGUGGUUACCUACGUCAGGCCCGGAGGCCCCGCUGACAGAGAGGGCACUUUGAAGGCCGGAGACCGAGUAUUGAGCGUGGACGGGAUGCCUUUAAACAGAGAGAAGCACGCCGACGCUUUGACCAUGCUGAUGCAGAGCGGCCAGGAAGCUCUGUUCCUGAUUGAGUAUGACGUCUCUGUCAUGGAGGCAGUGCAGCAGGCCUCGGGCCCUCUGCUGGUGGAGAUAGUGAAAGGUCCCUCGUCGAGCCUUGGGAUCAGCCUCACCACAACAAUAUACAGAAGCAAACAAGUUAUUAUUAUUGACAAGAUAAAGCCAGCCAGCGUGGUGGAAAGGUGUGGAGCACUGCAUGCAGGUGACAUCCUUCUGUCUAUAGACGGGACCAGCACAGAGCACUGCUCUCUGAUGGAGGCCACGCAGCUACUUGCCAGCACUUCUGAUGUUGUGAAACUGGAGAUUCUGCCGGCCAGUCAAAGCAGACUUCCUGUCAGGCCACAAGACGCAGUAAAAGUGCAGAAGAGCAACCAUCAUCACUGGGACCAAAGCAGCAACUACUGCCAUCCCCCACAUGCCAGCCACAGCAAGACAUGGAGCAGCCCAAGCCACCCACACAACCAGCAGGACCACUGCAAAUCUCUGGUGAGUGGUGGCUUCUCCCCUUCCUCCACAGCCACUUCAGGCUUCAGCAGCCAGGGUAGCAGCACGCUGCCCUGCCCCAUCCCUCCCAUUGCUCCCACCAGCCCCCGCAGCUCCACAGGCAAGAGGAGAAACAGGAAGAAGGACCACAAGAGCUCACUAUCUCUGGCGUCCAGCUCUGUCGGCCCUGGGGGGCAGGUUUUUCAUGUGGAAACAAGCGAGGUCAUCCUGAGGGGAGAUCCGCUCACAGGUUUUGGGAUCCAGCUGCAGGGGGGUGUCUUUGCCACAGAAACCCUGUCUGCUCCCCCAGUCAUCCGCUUUAUUGAGCCCGACAGUCCAGCUGAGAGGUGUGGGCUGCUGCAGGUUGGAGACAGACUGUUGUCCAUUAACGGGAUCCCGACUGAAGACGGCACUUUGGAGGAAGCCCAUCAGAUGCUCAGAGACUCUGCUCUGGCCAAUAAGGUCACAGUGGAGAUUGAGUUUGACGUCGCAGAGUCGGUGGUUCCCAGCAGCGGCACCUUCCACGUUAAACUACCCAAGAGGAGAGGAGUGGAGCUGGGCAUCACCAUCAGCGCAAGUAAGAAACCUGGCAAGCCCCUCAUCAUCUCUGACAUCAGAAAAGGAAGCAUAGCACACAGAACAGGCACUCUGGAGCCUGGAGACCGGCUGCUGGCCAUCGACAGCGUACGUCUGGAGAACUGCACCAUGGAGGACGCCAUGCACGUCCUGCAGCAAGCCGAGGACAUGGUCAAACUCCGAAUCCAGAAAGACGAGGACAACAUUGAUGAGUUGGAGAUGUCGGGCUCUAUAAUCUACACAGUUGAGCUGAAGAGAUAUAACGGACCACUGGGCAUCACGAUCUCUGGCACUGAGGAGCCCUUUGACCCCAUCGUCAUUUCUGGCCUCACCAAGAAAGGUCUGGCAGAGAGGACCGGGGCCAUCCAUAUAGGGGACCGAGUGCUGGCAAUCAAUGGGGUCAGUCUGAAAGGAAAACCUCUGAGCGAGGCCAUCCACCUCCUGCAGAUGGCCGGGGAGUCUGUCACCCUCAAGAUCAAAAAACAAGCCGACCAGUCUGACGGCAGGCGGCCUACGGACAGAGUCGCCGGGUUUUUAAGUGACACAGAGGACGACCUGACAGACUCUCAGAAGACCAGUAAACACUCAGAGGUCUACUCUGCCACUCUGCCCAGUAUAGACUCUGCUAUGAGCUCCUGGGAUAGCUCAGGGUUUGACGCAGGCUACAGCAGCCAAGGGACGUAUCUUCACAAAGCAUCUGAUAUAUUGCUCAAUCCAAAUGAGUGGCGACGUACAAAACACAGGAGCCAAACCAGUUCAAGCUCUGCAGGCCUAGUCCACCAUGCAGCGCUGUAUGAUGGGAGAUUCACUGAGGAUGAGUGGGAUAAGAUACCUGGAUUCGUCAGCCCCCCUCGUUGCCAUGGCACCCUGAACCAGGAGGAGAGCUUCUGGUCCCAGGCUCUGCAGGACCUCGAGACCUGCGGACAGUCAGAGAUUCUCAGGGAGCUGGAGGCAUCCAUGACAGGUAGCGCUCUCAGCCUGUACUUAGAGGAGACCAAGACCAACGACGACUCAAUGUUUCGGUCUGAAAUUAGUCCCAUUAAGAGGGAGGGACUGCACACAGAGUCAAACAACAAAAGCAACCUGAACAUGUUGACUGGAGCCAGAGACGUUCCAUCCCGGGGCCGAGGGGACCCCUCUGAUAUGUUGUCCCCUACCCCAUUGGCACUGCAUAAGGUUUCUAUGAGGAAGGACCUCGAGAGUCAUGACUUUGGUUUCAGUGUGUCCGAUGGGCUCCUGGAGAAAGGGGUUUAUGUCAACAUGAUCCGCCCCGACGGCCCCGCUGACCAGGCAGGGUUAAAACCUUUCGACCGCAUUCUUCAGGUGAACCGUGUCCGGACCAGGGACUUGGACUGCUGUCUCACUGUGCCCCUCAUUAUAGAGGCAGGAGACGGCCUGGACUUGGUCAUUAGCAGGAAUCCACUGGCAGCAGCAGACACCGGGCUGCCUGACGACUGUGACGACCCCUCAAACUCACUGUUCUGUUUCCCCGAGCACAGGACCAACAGCAUCGCCCUGUGACCACAGAGACAGACGCUAGCUUUUUAAAACACUGGGACCACACACACACUCACACAGACACAUGUCGCGCACGUUUUUUUCACGUGGUACCUCUCAAACAGACCUUCACAUCCUCGCUGCCUGAAAGCAUCCCUCACUCACAAAGUUAGAGGCACAUGUGUUCGCUGCUGCCGGUUUUAGUCACAGUGUUCACAUGAUGAGGAGGCUCUGGCUUCAGGGCAGCCCCCUUCCACCUCCCUCACCCCCCUCCCCCCUUUUCCCUCACCCCACCCCUUUCCUCUCCAGAGGCAAAGCCACAUGCAGGGUUAUAUAACAGGGGGAGUCAUAGCUUCUGACGGAGCCAGGAUGUCAACACACACGCCUCAGCUCUGGAGAGAGUCAAAUGCUGCACACAUGCACUGCAUAGAUAAAUAUAAAUCCACUAUCUUUUGCUUUAAUGAGCUUCAUUCAAAGAACAUUUCACCCAAUCUCCCUUUUUUU